GGGCCGGAGGUUUUGGGUUUCGUUUUGUGCGGUGGUUCCAGCGUCCAAUGGGUGAAGCGGUUUAGGAGUUCGUCUGUUGGAUCUUCGAGGGAGCGUCGCGAGAGGAAGCCGGCCGGCAUCAUUAUCAUAUUAGUUUUUGUCAUGAGAGUUGAUACAAGUUGAAUCAAAGUAAUAUUCGCGUCAAUUGAUAAUUAAUUGCCUUUUAGUCAAAAUCGUUAAGUUCCAAGUGUAAAUACCGAUUAAUAAAUUUAGAGUAUUAGUUAAUUACAAGUUUAAUUAUUAUUAUUUGUUGUGUUUUGUGUCGUCUCAUUAUUGCUGCCGUCGUUUGAUUUUGAUUUGUUCGAGCCAAGUUUAAUUCUUCAAGGAUCAUCGUUAUCAUGGGCGAUAUGUGGCGCAGCAAACUCCCUUCAGGCUCUGGUCAGGCAUCAGGAGGUGCCAUUAGACGGGUGGUGAGAAGCCAUGAGGUUUCUAGUUCCUCGGAGUCCGAUGUGUCCUUGCCUCCAGCUGGUGUUCGUUCUGUGGGUCGCGGAAUUUCUUUCGCCUGGCAGGAUGAGGAGCAAGCUUGUGCAGCUCGCCCCGGCACAGGUGUGGAUCGUGGAGUUUGUUCAGCGGAAAGUCGUGAGUUUUUGGAGAGCCAGUACGCUGUUGAGGAAUUGGACUCAAUCGUGAUGGACCAGGAGGAUGAUCCUGUUUUGGUCAACGAGGGAGUUAAGAAACAUAAGGCUUGUGGUCGUGAGGAACCAGAGGUUCAGGUCCGACCACGGGAGCCAAAUGUAAUGGUGGUUCCUCGUCCAGCGGACCGAUUCAGGGAGGAGGCUAGGCUCGCACGGCCUGUGUUGACUGUGGGACGGAUUUUCUGUCGUUUGGACCGCAUCCCGACGGAUCCGGAGUUGGAUCCUCCUAUGGGGGCAUGCUUCAAUUGCUGGAGUAUGUCCCAUAAGUUGGCUUAUUGUCCGGAGUCAAUCGACAUUUUCUGCCGAAAUUGUGGCCGAUAUGGGGUCACUAUGGAGGUUUGCCCACGCUGUGCACGAGCCUACCGCUUGUGGAUGAAGCGUUCGGGGUCAGCGAUGUCGUUGGAGAAAUCUGACCAAUCGGAGUCAGGAAGAAGAGAUCAGGGGACUAGGGGCGGCAAUAAGGGAGCCGUCUUUCAUAAAAAAGUGGCCUCGGUGGUCGUACAGGCUGAGGUUGAUGGAUCGGGGCAACUUGCUUCAGUUCCGAUGGCUGAAAGGUUGCCAUUGGAUGGCUCAGCGGCUGAGCUAUUGGCUGAUGUGGUGGUUCCGGAUCCAGUGCCUUCGGCCACUGGGUUAAUGGACGAUUUAAGGUUGCUGGAGGCAUCUUUGGUUGGCCUCCCGCAGGAAUUGGCGAUUGCGGCUCGCACUGCCUUUUGGCAGGAUCGUCAACGAAGAGGUUUCCCAUAGAA